CAUAGGGAAAAAACCGCGUCUUGAAAUAAACGUGAGAUGUGAAAAAACACAGUCAUACAUGUAGGAUUCUGCCGUCUGCAACUAUUAAUGGGGAACAAAAGAACAUCAAAUGCUUGCAUCAGCUUCAUUUUCUUCUGUGCAGUCAAUGUUUUUCUCCGAUUCAUGACAGUAAAUGGCAUGAAUCUCUUCGUUGGAGACGACAAAGGGUAUUUUCGGAUGGUGCCAAGGACGAAUGAACGAAAUUCCUUUUUCAUUACGAGGCUUGGAGAUUUCAAGCAAGUUUGAUGUGUUCUUCAAGCACAAAAACGAGGCAGGGAUAUUUGUCAAUGUUUGCCUCUUGGAACUCAAUAGCAGCACGUGUGUCUCCAAGACUGGACCAUGCGCUGCGAGUCAGUUGGGGACUUCCGGUACAAGUUACUGAAAAACAUCACCAGUGACGACGCUGGAGUCUGGUUAAUGGAAAUGUUUCAGUUGCCUGGCGAUCGCAUCAAGAUCAACAUCGACGUCAUCACAUGUCCAGACGAAACGACCUUCACAUUAACAACCCAAACUGGUGAAGAUGAAACUACGACCACAAACCCUCGCCAAACCACCUGACGACCAAAACACAGUCUCCACUCUGUCCAUGUUCACCCGGCAGACGGAAACGGUGGGUAAAGGACUUCAGCCUCAGUUCAUCGCUCUCAUCGUCGUAAGCUGCUCUUCCUUCAUCAUGGCGGUGAUACUCAUCACCCUUCUGUAUCGCCGGUGCGUAGGAAGGCGACGAAACAAGCCGACAAUGACCCUGGAGUCUGAUGAGGAAGGUUAUCGCACAUAUGAAGAAAUUCGUGAGACAGCCCUGACCGCAGAGAAAAGACGAGUUAAAGACGAUAAAAACUAUGAACAUCCAAUGAGAAAGAGUGAGGAGACGGAUCGAACGUACGAACAGCUGACCCCCAGCCAGGAUCCCGCUGCCUGCAGUAAACGCUUGAAGACAGCGCCAUCACAUCCUGACAUGCGCACUGAACACGACAGACCCCUCGCUGGGGCACACCCUGGAAAGUCGGACUGCAGCCCACUUUCCCACCAAGUCUUCACUGGUGCCUAUUUCCUGCCCGAACAGGAGAGCCCUUACCUUAUUCCUGUCACAGAGGACAAGGUGACUUGUCAGCUAUCGGCACCCCAUUUCCAUGAGAACCAGACAAGAUCUGUCUUGGAAAGCCCCUACCUCACAACAGUUUGGGAUGCAAAGAUGCAACUUUGUGCAGAAAACCCAUACCUUACACCAGUUGUGGACAGGAAACAGACUUCUUAUCACUUUGCCCACACUUAAAGCUGAGUUCUCUGAAGGAGCAAUAUGUCAGCUUUGCUGUCCCACCAUAAUGUGUUAAUACCGCAAUAAACAACUUGUAGCUGUGAUAAUAUUGUCAACCUUCAAUCUGUCACUUCUUUUGUCGCAAGCAUAAUAAAAUUGCGAAACACCUUGUACACUCCCUUCCCAAGGCUGAUUCUUCGUUUGGAGAUAGGAUGGGGGAGAUAAAAUUGAUGCUGGUAUCUCUGUUGCCCCCACCUUCCUUCUUUCUCACUCAGUAGGUUUGGAAACCCUCUCCUCUCUCAUAGGAUGCUCUCUCAAAUUAUGUGGUCAAAGUUUGAUCUUUUGUGAAUAUCUAAAUUCCUUCUGUAUAGUAUUUUUUCCUUCUGAAACCUCAGUAACAUAACAAAGAAAAAUUAAUCAAAAGCAAAUUAAGCAAACUAAACAUACUCUACAACCUUCCCAUAGGCAUAAAGAAUAUUUCUACCAAAUUUGGUGAGGAUUGAAGAAAUGGUGGAUUUUUGCAUAAAUUUUCCAACCCAUAGAAAUGAGGCUUGCAUUUCAUGGCAGGAAGAAUUCUUUAAAUUUACAAUUUUUAAACCCUUUUGCUUUAUAUAUAUUUUUUAUAUUGCUUUAUAUAUAUUUUAUAUUGCUUUAUAUAUACCUUUUCUGGUUUUUUAUUAGUCAUAUUUAGUUUGGACUUUUUACUUUCUUGCUUUUCUGGGCAAAGGCUAGAUUGAAAAAGUACAAUGCUUUGUUAUCCUGUAACCUUUGUUUAUGAACAUUUGUCAUUGCCAUUGUGUUGCUCCUUCUGCGCUUCCUGUUUCAGUGACUUAAAGCAGCAAGCAGGAUGUAAUUUAAAUGAGACUUAGCCCCUCACAAUAGCAGGAAGCUUCCUGCCAUACAACACCAAACACAUCCUGGAAUACACAGAGACAUGGAACUUUUAAAAAAUACCUUGACAACAUAGGAUGUUUUCAACUCCAAAAAUACUUAACACAUCAGCUCCUUUGCAUGAGCUUGUGUGUGUUUUUUGUGCAUGAUAUAUUUUAGCUCAAGCCAGACACAAUAUAACAAGUAUUCUUAUUAUCAUUAGUAUUAGUAUGUAUGCUUUGUGUGUGUCUUAGAUUUAAAACUAGGGAAGGAAUAAAGGGCCAUGGAAAUAGACAAUUUGUAACUGAUUCACUGUGUCAAGGAUAGUGAAUCCCAUCAUUCUUUUUGCCAUCUUCCCUGACAAAUCAUGUGUCUACUUGCUCACGCCGCCACCAGCUGGUGUAACUGUAGUGAUGUGGUGGCUUGUGCACCUUGUCGAUCCACAGAAGGCUCCUGGGAGGUCUAACCAGGUCUGUCAAGGGAGUGGCUAGACUAAAAUGUUGCACCCUGGCCCUCCAGGUUGGGGGUUUUGCUUUGGGCUAACAACUCACUCAAGUAAAAAAUAAAGCUGUUACAGAAACAGCAUCAGUACCACAAGCGGCUCUAUGCUCCUCGAGGAGUAACAAGGACUAAAGUUGCUCAUGAGUAGACAAAGGAAAUUUUCAGGAUACUGGCCAGAGUAUCCUUUAACCUUCUCGAAUGUGUGGUAAAAAAAACCCUGGAGAAGGAAGUUUUAUGGCCUUUACCCCAUGACUGCAGAAAUCUGUUCAUUAUGACUAAUGUAUUGUCUGCAUUUGUAGCAAUUCCCAGCUACGCACUCAUUGCCACAAGCACCAGAGUUGGACAAAGUCCUCAGAAUGUAUUAUACUAUUCUUCGGAGAUUUUUGGAAGGGACUGCUGAAUAUUUAUAUGCAUGUUUAUAUGCCUCAAUCGCCCAUCUAUUUUUAAGAACACUAUGAUGAACAAACUACCAUUACUUUUGUCAUCCCACAUUAUUUAUUUCAAACACAUGCUUUCACACAUGGCACAAUUAUUCCUACUACAGAAGAUUAUCAGCAGUUCAUACCUGUAUCUGGCACAGAGAAAAAUAAUUGACAAGAUGCGCAUCAUACAGUUUUCUGGCAGUAAGGGAAGUGACAGUCAGUCAUUGUUGAUAGUCUCUACCUUGCCUCCUCGGAGGAAUCAGGCAACCACUGACACUGGGUGACCAGGACUCAGUCACAGGCCUGAUCUACCUUGACCUAGAAGCAUCCUGCUCUGAAGCCAAGCACACUGUCAAACUUCCCCAAUAAUUAAACAUUAAAGUAAAUAGGCUAAUAAGACUGACACUAAAUUUGUCUUCUGAGUUGCAUUUCAUCAGCUGUCACUUUCAGUUUCCCAAGCCAAAACAGUCACUGCGUGUGCACCUCACAAUAGAAAGGGUCUGAUCAAGAAUCCUUUUGAUUUAUGAUAGGUUUGUGAGUCAUUGAUAAACUAAUUUUUAAAACACUAUCAUUUUUAUUUCUUUGUUCUGAUGGUUGACAUGGCAUAUCCACUAUUCAGUCCCACAAAAAAAUACACAUAAUCUAAUGAAAGACAGUGAUCAAUUACCAAAUGUUCAGGUAACAUUUUUACACAAAUUUCAAUCUAUACCUAACUACCCAACUUAAACAAUGCUUCCAA